UCAUCGGAUUUCUCCAGAACAAAUCGAGACAACCUCAAACAAGCCACGCAUCUUCCGGAAGAAUCUUCUGGAAAACCUGUGGAACGGUAAUUGAACCGGGAGUAGGCAUCUUCCGGAAGAUUCCCUUUCAAGCAAACCCGUCAAUUGAACGGGGGCAGUACAAUCUUCCGAAACGCGAGGGCUCUCCUUCUUCCGGAAGAUCGAUCAAUAUUCCGGAAGAUCGAUGAAUAUUCCGGAAGAUGUCUUCCGGAAGAUCGGCAGAAGGAAAGAUGGGCAGAGGCGCCCGGUGAUGGCGGAGCCCUGAAGCGGCGCUGUGAAGGAAUGCGGUCGAGUUGAGCGAGCGCGGACAACCGCGCAGAUCUCCUCCAUUAAAGCCCCGGCUUCUUCCAGGGCCCACGGCGAGUCCCAAACUUCUUCCAUCGAGAGCCGGCUCCAAGAUGGCUUCGGGGGCGGUGAGCAUGGGCUGUUAUGCCGGCGAGGCCCCAGCGGUGCCGUCCACCGAGUGCGGCACCAGUGAGGGGCCCCUGAUGGCCGAGCUGAAGACGGUGGCGGAACUGGCGCUGAUGUCGGAUGUCGACAUGAGUUACGACGAUGACGAUGAUGACAAUGAUGAUGGUGGCAGUGGCGGCGAAAGGGGAGGAGGUCUAAUAAAGCCGCUUUUGGAUGAUGAUGACGACGACAACGGCAUAAGCCUGCGGCUGCCCGACCGCUUCGCCCAAGAGCUCUCAAAACUCGAAGCUGCUGCAGUGGCGGCAGCAGCCGCGUCAGCCGCGUCAGCGGAGGCGGCCGUGGCUGCGGCAGCAGCAGCGGUAGCAGCGGCAGCCGGGCCGGCGCCGGCCGCGAUGAAACUGGAAGAGGGCGCGCGCGGUGCUGUUGGUUACUUCCGCAAAAUCACGGCCACCCCUGUUCCUUCCCGGCCGCCAAUGUUGGUGCAGGAACCCCUGACGGCCGUGGGGCCUUGCGUGCCGCAGGCAGGUGAGGAGCAGGCUUUGACUGGAGAGUCUGGGCUGCCCGUGGGUGGUGCGGCAGUGGCGGCAGCGGUGGUGGUGACGGCGGUGGAGAAGGACGAGGCGGUGGUGGGGAGUGGUGGUGAGGCGAGGUCCAGGGGUUCCCGGCGCCCGAAGAGCUUCUUCUGCCGGCCCUGUCAGUUCACGGCGACCUCCGAGGCGGAAUUCCGACAUCACAUCAGCUCCCACGGAGUCAAAAAAUACCUGCUGGAGCAGCAGGGUGAGAUGAACGUGCGCACGCAAGUGCACACGGCCGCGGGUGGUCCCAUUCGCUGCGAGAAGUGCGGCUACAACACGAAUCGCUACGACCAUUACCUAGCGCACCUCAAGCACCACGAGCGCGUGGCCGGCGCAGCGCUGCCUCCGAGCCCGAUGGUGCCACCCCUUCGCCAACCCAACGAACCGCGCCCCAGUGAGAACCGGGAGAAACACUCGGCGGUGGUGGCGCCGGUUCUCGCACCAGCUUCGGCACCGGUAGUUGAAGGAGGAGCGAUGGUGCAGAGUGGCGAGCGAGUGUUCCGCUGCGUCCUGUGCUUGUACAGCACGGUGAGCGAGUACCACUGGAAGAAACACCUGCGCAACCACUUUCCGCGCAAAGUGUACACCUGCGGGUCCUGCUGCUACUACUCGGACCGCAAGAACAACUACCUCCAGCAUGUGCGCACACACACAGGUGAAAGGCCCUACCAGUGUCCACACUGCAGCUACUCGAGCUCACAGAAGACUCAUCUCACCCGCCAUAUGCGCAUACACUCGGGCGAGAAGCCCUUCCACUGCGACCAGUGCACCUACGUCGCGUCCAAUCAGCACGAAGUGACGCGUCACCUGAGACAGGUCCACUCAGACGGGCCCAAACCGCUGGUGUGCGGUGAGUGCGGCUACCGCACGGCCGACCGCAGCAACUACAAGAAGCACGUGUUGCUGCACACGUCUCCGCGGCGCUUCCCCUGUCCCGCGUGCUCCUACGCCGCCUCCAAGAAAUGCAACCUCACCUACCACCUGGGCUCCAAGCACCCCACCUACACUGGCACCGCUACUGCUACCACCGCUGCCACCAUGGCAGCCGCCACCACCACCACCACAAUCGUAACCGCGGCUCGGCAGCAGCAGCCGCCACCGCCGACAGUUUCACCGGCACCGCCGGCAUUGUCGUCGUCGUCGGCGACAAGCGUGAAGGUGGAGGGAGCGCCGAGCAAGCGGUCCGUUGUGUGCGGUAAAUCGGACGCCGGCAGCGGUGGCGGCUGUUGCGCCGCAAAAGUAAAUGGCGUUAAGAGGGAGGCUAGGGGCGGAAAACGGCAGGGAGGGGCGGUGGCGGCAGCAGUAGCGGCUCGUGGUAGGGCUGGUGGGCCGCCGGAGGUGAUGGGGCCGGCUAAGGAGACCCCGGAGAAGAAAGUGAAGUGCGAGGAGAAAGUGCCAGCGGUGGGGAGGGAGGCAUCGCAGCCGGCGCUGCCCUCUCCGUCAUCACCGCGGCCUCCUCCAGCUAUGAUGGAGGAAGCGGGUGCAGAGCUGGAGUGCGAGGAGGUGAUGUCGUCCAUUGUGAAGGCCGCGAAGAGGAAGGGCAGGCGGCCCAGCCUCAAGAUGGCCGCCCUAGCAAUGGAGGCUGAGGCGCCUGUCGGGCGGAGUCGGCGCCGGGGCAGGAAGAGGAAGAGGAGCAAGGAAUUGGAGCAGAAGGGCGAUGAUGAGGGUGUCAAAAAGCCCUGCAAUGAGAGUGAGCAUGUCAAAGGGGUUGGUCGGAAAAAUGCAAAAAAGCUCAAAGCGACCGUCAGGAAGAAGGCGGAAUCAGUGGUGAUGGAGAACGGUGGGGGAGGUUACUGCCGGAAGAAGCGGCAGAGGAAUAGCGAGAAGAACGAGGCGGUGCCUCCCACACGCAAGCGCAAGACGUCUUCUGGUGGUGACGAUACAAAUGAGGUGAACGGCGGGGAGGGUGCCACCACAGCGUGCCCUCCGAGUCAAAGGAGAGGCCGCAGAAGCAAGGCCAAUGUUGUGAUGCUGGCAGCAGAUGAGGAAGGGGAAGCAGCAUCGUGUGAGAGAGCGGGUGAGCCACCGUUGCCACCAUCAUCAACAUCAUCGCCGCUCACGCAGGAAGCAAUACGAGCAGCAGGAGUUAUUAAACAGGAAUUGACGCCACCAGUUUUACCGACACCUUUGAAAAACCAGGAAGUGAAUGACAGCACGGGAGCGGUGACGUUGCUGAUGAAACAGGCGGAGGAAGUAACAAUGCUCACAAACACCACGCAGGAAGUGAUAUCCGUAGUGCAGUGCACGCAGGAAGCGACGUCACCCGUGAAGCAAGCGCCGGAAGUGGAGCCGCCGGUUGCAAAAUCACAGCCGGAUGUGCCCCACCCGCCUGCGCUUUCACCGCUGCGACAUCAGCCGCCGUACUUCUCGCUGAAACCGGAGGCGACGACUUCGGUCGCAAGUGGGAAGCAAACGAGGGCAGCACAGAGACGCCGCCUCUCAGAUAAGCCACAGGCAUUUUCCGGCAAUCGCAGCCAAUCGCCGCUGGCGCUUUGCACGCACGACGAGGAGGAGUCGCUGCAGUCGACUUUGAAACCAGCAGAUGCCAUCGCCUCCAGCCGCCCCCGCAGGGUCCCAGUGAAGCGUGCGCCCAGACGAAAAAUCAACAGUGGCCGCAAAUCCGUUGCCAAGUCUUGGGCUGGAAAUUGCAGCCCUGGCUGGGUGGAGUCCCCGGAUUCGAAGCCACAGCCAGCUAGUUGUGAGGGAGCUGUGGCAGCGACGGCGGCAGUGGUUGCAGUCACGGCGAGAGCCGAGGAGAUGCCGGCAGCGGGCUCCUCACCCACGCCAUCGCCUCCAAUUUCCGGUGCGCACUCACACUUAGCGGCCUGCGCCAUCCCGAGCGGUGCUGCCGGAGUCGACUUCCUGUGCCGAUUUGCACCGGAGCCUAACAGCGGCAGAACCAGCUGGAAUCAACCGGGCAGCGACGAGGACCGGGGGGGGCCUCGCAUGAGUGACGCCUUCGCUCGCGCCCUGCAGCUGCAGAGGGUCGACCACCGCCAACAGCUACAGCAGCAGCAACAGCACCUGCACCGCAUGUACCACCUACGCAGCUACUUGGUCCGGCGGGAGCGCAGCUAUGUCCACGGCAGCGGUGCCUUCGACGGCACAAGCUGGUUGAAGGUCAGCACGGAGUUGUGCGGCGCCCGACAGUGCCGGGAGGCCGUCGCGGCAGUGACAACGGCGCCUCCCUCUACACCGAGCGAUGACGGCAUGGAGUCGCCGCUCUCCCUGGACUCGGACGGCCCAUUUACACGACACGAUUACAGCACCGCCCACCAGCAGCAAGAGGGCCGGCUGCGCGCCAGCGGAGACGAGGGGCGUGGGGAGAUGGACGAGGACGAAGGGAUCCACAGCCACGAUGGAAGGUCAUCGCCCGAACGCUGCUUUGACGAUGACGAGAUGGAGAGGACGGGAGAGGAAGAAGUAGCGCGAGCGAGGAGGAAGAGCGAGCGGCGGCGCUGCCGGCGCCGGCGCCAGGCGUUUGAGCAGAAGCCGGAUCUGGGAGGAGUCUGCAAUGUGACGCCGAUCAUGUCUCAGCUGACGACGGAGGUUGUGCCGAUACCACCACCACCAGCGGCACUGCCACUGCCGCCGGAGCCGCUGGAGAAGGGGCCGAUGUUGACGCCACCUUGGUUGAGGCCGUCGCCUGAGCGGGCUCCUGUGACCUCCAGGGGGCCCGUACCACCGCCGCUGCCGCCGCCGCUACCAACACGGGGAGUGUGCGUGUUCUGCGACCGGCAUUGUCACGGUGACGCCGACUACACGUUCCGCCUGCGGCGAAACCUGGUGAACGUCUACUACCUGGAGCGCGACACGGCUGGGCAGAAUGCCAGCAAUGGAGACGUAGAGGGAGACGGCGGACACUGCGCAGGGCACCAUGUGGGGCAGGGAAUGAAACGUGCCGGAGAGGGAGACGGGGAGAGAGAAGGGGAGAAAAUUGCGAAGAAUGACGGAGAGACAGGUGGGAAGGAAGAUGGGGAGGGAGCUGGGGAGAGAGAUGAGGGGAAUAAUGGAGGGAGAGAUAGGAAGAAAUUAAGGGAGAAAGACGGGGAGAAGAUCACAGAUGACGCUGGAGGGAAAGACACAGAAUUUGAGAGGGUGACGGAUGUAAAUGGGAAAGAGGACGUGGUCAGCCAACAGUGUGGGCAUCAUAAGAGAACGAAGGAGCAGUACACACAGACCGUGUUGUCUCGAGAAGACGACACACAGACCGAUGUACCUCGGGAACAGGAUGCGAAGGCCGACGCACCCAGAGAGUGGUGCGCACAACAGAAUGACGCAUCACCUAAAGACCGAGACGUGCGGAGUGACGCGUCCAGGGAGCCCGACGCACACACCGACACGUACAGAGAUCAGGACACGCAGACCUACAUAUUGCGAGAGCAAUACACACAGACCGACGCUUGCAGAGCGCCGAGCGCACAGGUCCGUGGAGCGAGAGAGCAGGAGACACAGACUGACCUGGCUGUGGAGACGAGUUGAGACACGCCGAGGCCCAUAGGGCGGGGGGGGUGAGGGGGAAAGGGGGGGGGGCAUCGUGAUGUUGGGGGCCCCAUCCCCACCCCCUGUGAUGUUGGCAACCAAGGUGCUUUGACAGUGGUGUGCACCGGACCUGCUCCUGCCGAUGUUGCCACAGUCUUUUAGUCCCAUACCUGAACUAGUGCCUACCAGUGGCUACCAGUUGGUGCUUGCCAGGUUGUGCCUUCCUUGGUCUACCAGCCGGUGCCUACCAGCCGGUGUCUACCAGCCGGUGUCUACCAGUGCCUAUCAGCCAAAGCCUACCAGUGUCUACAAGUUUCUGCCAGCAAGGGGUGACGAAUUAACACCAGUGCCAACCAACUAGUGCCUUCAAGAGUUCUACCAGCCAGUGCCUACUAGCCAUUGUCUACAAGCUGUUGGCCACCAAUCAAUGCUUACCAGUAUUUACCAAUGCCGACGAGCCAGUGGCCUCCUGUUCUUUCGCCUUAACCCAGAAGCAGUGUUGCCAGAUGAGAGAUGAGUUCCUCUGAAUCGGAGAGCUUCAGUGAACCCACGGCACGUGGGUCUGUCCCGUGGACCUCCUGCUAGCGAGCCUUCGACGCUUCACAUGGCCGUAAAGUGCACGUAGCCAGGCACAAGCGCCGGUAAUGUCACCGCCACUUAGUGGCAAAUGGCUGCAGCUGUUACCCACAAUAGGGUGUUGAUACGAGUUAAUUAUAAUGGUGAUGACGACGCUUUAGUCUGGGUUCUUUACACGCUCGCCUCACUUGACAAUCGUAGAUUCUUAGUUGCGGGAUGUUUACUGGACAGAUGUCGACAUCUGUGAAAAAGAGCUUUAUAGCUCUGCAGAUUCCUCCAGUAUGAAUAUUCUGAUUCUGUUUUGUAUUUAAAGGACAAACGCUGGUGUGUUGGGGGGGUUUAUCUGAAGUCUUCCCAAGUGCCUUACCCCCGGUGUUAUGUUACCUGUACAAGUGUUUUUAUCCGUGUUACCCAUGCACACGUAGUUACCAGUGGUGUAACAGGUGGCGCGUAACGUGUGGACAUGCGCGGUGUUACCCACCUUACACGAUCAUUGUUAUUCGUCAGGUUGUUUUCCUUUUUUUAUAUGUGUACACACGUAACACGUAUUGUCUUUGUAUGUCUACCAGCACAUUUCCCCAGUGGUUUCAUAUAAACCUUUAGCCUUCAGUCACCAUCUCCCCUUGAAGUGGUGUGAAUUUGUUGUGAGAGAAAGAGGCUGUGCAAUUGUAUAAUUUUAAAAGCCCCAUGUGUUUUUUUCCCAUGUUAAUAGCAAGUACCAAAGAGGGGUAGUGAGUGUGGGUUGGCAUCGGUGUAGAGCUGUGCUUUCUAGUGAAGCAAUAGUUUGGAGGUCACUAAAUUUUAAGACUCGGGAGAAUUUUGGUCUUGAGACUCGAGGUGUCCCUGUCUGCGGGGUGUUGAGACUUGGGAACCCAGGGUUUUAAGAAUCGACAUUCAGCUCAAGGAAAUCAUAGUUUGCAAACACGAUCUUGAGUCGAGUAUCUCAAUUCAGAAAAAAUUGUCACGGUCAGUCUUCAAUAGAAUAUCGUGUUCCACUUUGCCAGAUUUUGGUGACAUUGAGCAAUACACUCACCAGCCAAUGACCCUUCGGCGUUAAUCCCAUGAUCCUGUUUGCGGACUAAAGAAAAUGUCGCUUGGAGGAAUGUGUAGUUCCAUUAUGGGAUUCCGGAGGUCAGUUAUAUGAAACGUAUCCAGUGAUAUUUACCCUCAGUUUGCAAUGUAUAUCGAUGUGAAGCAAGUGGGGAUUUUCCCUUCAGGAAUUCUAUGCAACUCGUCACAGGAUUCAGCGAGUGCCAAUUAUCUCCCCCAUUACAUUUACCCUGGGUUUUCACAGAGGAGGACACACGCCGUUUUGAAUUCGUGAGGAAAAACUCUCCAUGGGCAAUUCCGGUUUAGAGCCUGUAAUGAUUCAGUCUUGUGAUUUUUAACGAGUUGUCAGUGUGGUCAUGAAUUUGGCUCAAAGAUAUAUUACAUUGUAGUCUAUCCAGAGUCGAUAAUGGAAUCGAGAGGUUCUUUAUUGGUGUAUCCAUGUUAAUCCAUGGGGGGAGCUGUGAAUCUGUAGAAUCUAAAAUUGCACGACUGUUGAAUCUGCAGUGGGAUGUGUGGAGAAAUACAAAUCUCAUUCUUACAGAAUGCAUUGUGGGUGCAUAAGAAUUGAUUUGAAUCUGUGAAUUGUUACAUCUCAAGUUGGAGCCACGCGAUCAUGGGGUGCAGUUAUAAAUGUAUGGCGAGUGUUAGACGCUUCAGAAUGCUGUGAGCCUGGAUACCUACCGCCCCUGAGCUGUUUAUUUUAUGGUUUGCUUAUUUCUCUAAUGCACCCCCAUAUAUAGUAUUCAAACACAUACACCACUAUGCGUAUUCUCACAAAUGUUUCUUUACAUUGGUGUAGGAAUUGUCGGUGUAAGCGUGUCAUGUACAUCAAGACCCUACUAUCCUUUAAUAAAUUAGCUGAAAGGGCCCCCCACUUAAUUUUGAAUUAAAUGACUCGUGUGUGUGUGUGUGUGUGGCUGCCCAAGCUAGCAGCUCAAUCUGACAGGUCUUCCUCUGGCACGGUUGGAUGGAGAUGACAAACUGGCAGACUCCAACACAGCAACCUGUGAUUUUACUUGACAUUUUAUUAAUCUUUGACAUGUACACUUUAUAUAUAAUAAAAAAAACUCCCAAAACUUCUACUGUGCACAUCCCAUCCCCUACCAGAACUCAUCCUUCCCCUAACCCUGGCUCCAACCCACCCCAGCUUCAUGGGAGAUACAUUAUUCUUCACCUGGGUGGUUGAUUUAGGGUCAGUGGCAUGGAGCCCACAUCCCAAUUCCUGGUUCACA